AUUUGCUGGAUAGUGUGCUUUAUUAAAUUUUUUUAUUUAUUAAAUUGUGUUAAAUGAGGGAGACACUUUCACAGUGUAUUUUAUUAAAAAAAAACAAAAGUAUAACAUUCUAAUAUAUAAAAUAACAUCAUCGGAAGUGACGAAAGCAACGGUAAUUGGAGAACACCACAAUAUAUGUACCUAUACUGAAAAUAUCAUAUAAGAAAUAAUAAAAAAACUGCAGAAGAAUAUUUUUAUAAUACAUACGGAAUCUUCAGAAAUCAAUAAAUAAAUACUUGCUUUCAUUUACACACCGCUCUAAGGCAGCUGGAGGUCAUAAUAAACUGUAAAGAAAAAUUACUAAUACCAAAAGGUUACACAUUUUUUAAACAACAAAAUGCAACGCAAUUCCCGUAUUUCGCCGUCAGCGAGAGCUCAAGAGGAAAAUAAUAAAAAAAAUCCUCCCACUACAACAGCACGUGUAAUGCGGCCCCCGGCUCGUCAUUCACAGCGACCAACUUUAAGAAAUCUAAAUCCUGUCUUUCAUAAACGUGAAAAAUCCGAAGACAACAAUGAAUUGUCAGAUAAACUACUACAAUUGGCACGCAAAACUGGUAAUCUUAAUUUAUCUGGCAGGGGAUUGGCCACUGUACCUGAUAAAGUUUAUACCAUAAAUAGUGGCGAUGAUGAUAAAGAGGUUACAUUGGAAUCCUUGGUGGCCAAUGAAGAGGAUGCCUGGUGGAAUAAAGUACCUUUAAAUAAUUUAGACUUAAGCUCUAAUCAAUUAACUCAAUUAUCACCAAAAAUUGCUAAUUUAUGCUCUUUAACUACAUUAACGCUUUACGAUAAUGGCUUAACUUCUCUACCCAAAGAAAUUGGCAAACUUGAAAAACUUUUACGUUUGAAUUUAAGUCGUAAUAAUCUUAAAGAAUUACCAGCUGAAUUUUUUACUUUACCCGAUUUGCGUUAUUUGAAUUUAUCGUAUAAUAAAUUUUCAGAACUACAUCCCGAUAUUAGCGAUUUUCAUAUGCUGGAAGUGUUGGAUGUAUCAAAUAAUGAAUUAACUGAAUUACCUGGUGGUAUUGGUUUUUUGGUGCGUCUAACAACGCUUUUACUAGCCUAUAAUCAUAUUAAAGAAUUGCCCAACGACUUAGUCAAUAUGCGUUCUUUACAAAAAUUGGAUUUAAUGCACAAUGAUCUGAUUGCUUUACCCGAAGACAUGGGUAGUUUACGUAAACUACAGUGUUUGUAUGUACAACACAAUGACAUCAAAGAGUUGCCUGACUUUGAUGGUUGUGAUCUACAAGAGUUACAUGUUUCCAAUAAUUUCAUAGAGAAAAUACCCAAGAAUUUAUGCUCAAAGUUGCCACAUUUGAAAAUAUUCGAUUUACGUGACAAUAAAAUUACACAAUUACCCGAUGAAAUUGCCCUUUUGCAAAGUCUUAUACGUUUGGAUAUUUCAAAUAAUUCUAUAAGUAAUUUACCCUAUUCACUAUCAUCUUUGGCACAUCUAGUGAGUCUACAGGUGGAGGGAAAUCCCAUUAAGUCUAUACGCCGCGAUAUACUACAGUGUGGUACGGUUAGAAUAUUGAAAACUUUAAAAGAUCGUGCUGGUGGUUUGGAAGCAGCAGCUGCUGCUGCAAAUGCUGAAGCUAACACUAUGGGUAGUGAUGGUUUAAAUAGUCCCAGAAGACCACCUUGCUUGGGUGAAGAAAAUUCCAUAUUUCCAGAUAGAUACAAACUACGCAAGACUCAUUGUUUAACUGUAACAAUGCAAAAUCUAACCGAAGCUCCUGAUGAACUUUUCGCCACAGCUUGUGAAGAAAAUGUUAAUAUUGUAGACUUUUCUCGUAAUCGUUUUACUACUCUGCCAGAAGGUUUGUUGCAGAUGAAAACUUGUUGCUCGGAGUUAGUUUUUGCUAAUAAUGUUAUCUCUACUGUGCCUUCAUUUAUUUCGCAAUUUGCACGUUUAAGUUUAGUAAAUUUAUCAUGCAACAAUCUUACAACUCUACCUGAGGAAUUUUCCGUUUUGAAUACAUUGCGAGAGCUUAAUAUAUCAAAUAAUAAAUUCGAAAUGUUGCCUAAUUGUGUCUAUGAACUACAGGGUCUUGAAAUUCUAUUGGCCUGCGAUAACCGCAUUAAAGUUAUAGAUGCCAGCAGCAGUGGUUUAGGAGCCUUAAAACGUCUGGCAACAUUAGAUUUGCGCAACAAUAAUAUUGAACAAGUACCACCCAUUUUAGGAAAUUUGAAAAAUAUAACAACUUUGGAAAUUAUUGGAAAUCCGUUUAAAUUGCCGCGUCAUCAGACAUUACAAAAAGGAACAGAUGCCAUAAUGACUUAUUUAAGAGAUCGUAUACCAGUUUAAAAAAUUUCACUUCAAAUACACACACUACACGCUACUACACCUAUAAAGCACAAAAUGAAAAAGAAAUGUUAAAAUUUAUAAAAAAAAAUAUCAAAAAACUAGUAGAUUAUUUAAAACGCUUUUAUAUUUAUAUUUUAAUAUUCAAAUUUGCCAAAAAGAAAAACUUUAAGAAUUUUUAUAUAUUUUUUAUUUAGCAACUAGUCAUUUGUUAUCGGAGAGUUACUGUUUUUUUAUAAUUUAAUGCAUUCAUAUAAUUGUCAAAUUAAAUAGUAUUUAUUAUAUGUAACUGUAUUUGAAAAGCACUUUAAAAAUAAAUAUUUUAUAUAACUGUUA